UAACAUGAUCGAAGCAUCUGGACUGUCUAUUGUAUUUUCAUAAAAACGAUUGUUCGUUUCAUGAAUAUUAAAUUUACAUAUGAUUUUCAUUGAUCCGUGUGUAAAAUUAAGUUUGCGUUAGUGCAAAUCAGUGUGAAUUUUUAAUGCAUUUAUGAAUACACCGAAUAUAGUUUAGUUCGUUUGCUUUCAAGAACACGUAACUGGUUGUUUCUUCAGAAACAUGGCUGAAUAUCGUUCCAAUGGUGUGGUGAAAUUGUGUGUAUAGAAUUAUUAAAACGUCAUUUUGAUCUUAAAUACAUUUACGCACUAACAAAAUGACAUCGAUACAUUUUGUUGUGCAUCCGUUACCGGGAACAGACGAUCAGUUAAAUGAUAGGUUAAAGGAAGUGGCAGAAAAGAUCAACAGAUAUGGAUUUGUCACAUUACCAGCAUUUAGCGGACUAAAGAUCGCGGUAAAGCGCAUUGUUGUUGGACCAACGCAUAUUGCCCUUCUUACCGAGGAUCAUAAAAUUUGCAGAGUUGCGUUUACAGUAUUGUCAGACAGACUGGACUUGAGUAAAAAUGAACCAAAUAGAAACACAAAUAAAAACCAUGUUGGCAACUCCAAUUCGGCACCAAAUAACGGUAACAGCAGUGGAAGUGGAAGCAGAGCGGGAAUGUCUAGAUCUCGUGCAAGAAUUAUGCGCGGUAGUUCUGCUAUCCGAGGAAGUGGCAGCAGUGGAGGAAGUAGUAGCGGAGGCAGGAUAGGGCCUCCAGGUGUAAUUAUGGGUGGUGGAAGCGGUAGCAGCUCGCGUCCUAUCGCAUUGGUACCUGCUCCAUUUGUCCCAGAAGAUCUCAUUUCACAGGCUCAAGUGGUAUUGCAAGGAAAAAGCCGCAAUCUUAUUAUUAGAGAAUUACAGCGUACAAAUUUAGAUGUAAACUUAGCAGUAAAUAAUUUACUGUCACGAGACGAUGAAGAAGGCGAUGAUGCAGAAGAUGCGGCAGAUACCUAUGUUCCAGAAGAUCUUAUUUCGUUGCUAGACGGUGGAUUUAGUAAUGAACAUUCUGUUAUAAUUGAUGCAGAUUCUAUGUUCUCUGAAGACAUGCUUGGAUAUACAGGAAUGAGAAACCGUGGAAAUUCUUCGCGCAGAAUAGGCAACGAUAGGGAGGGUGAACGUGCAUCCGAGCGAGACAGAGAUCGUGAUAGUUUUAGUAGAUGGAGAGAUCGUCAGUAUUGUGGACCACGGCGUUGGUUAGAAACAGCACUCAAAGAAUCUUGGGAAAAAGAUUCUGAUAACAAAAAGAAAGAAUUAGCUUCUCAAAGUCCAUUAUGGAUAUCAGAGGAAUUGGAGUGGUGGCACGAACGUAGUAGCGAUCCUGCUCCACGUUUUGUACAAAUUGCUUCACUUUACAGCGAAUUAAUUGCAGUUUCUGCCGGAGGACAAUUAUAUCAAUGGAAGUGGUCCGAAUCUGAACCGUACAAAGAUCCAGAGAAUCCAAAUAUACAUCAUCCGAAAGCUCCGUGGUUAGCGAUAACAUCAGAAAAGAUAGUUAACAUAUCCGCAACAGCAAUCCGUUGUUCUGUCAGCACUGAAAGUGGCAAAGUAGCUACUUGGCUCGAUGAGCUUCUGGGACAUGUUGCUUCUCGUCUUGAACAUCCAGCUCAAACUUUUACUGAAUUUACAUUGGAUAAAAUAGUAUCCCUUCAUACUUGUGCUCUGUACACUGUUGCCAGACUUGAGAGUGGUGCACUGUACUGGUGGGGGGUGUUACCGUUUGCGCAACGCAAAAAAUUAUGGGAAAAAUAUAAAGCUAAAUCACGUAAACAUAGACCAUCUACAAUAUCGAACGAUAUUAGUUAUGGAACCCAUGUUUGCAUGAAAAACAGUCCUAUAUAUCAACCUGGCGCGAUAGGAUUUACAAUUGCCAAUGGUGUUCCAAAAGUGGGACAGUUAUUAGUAGCAGCUUGGAAUUUAGAUGACACUUACAGAUUUAAAAUAUUACCGGCUGGAACUCACUUACCUAGUGCUAACGUAGACAAACGCGAGACAAAUGGAAAUAACGGAACGGGUACUAUAAAUAAAACCAAUCAUAAAGAAACUGCUGACCGCCUUGACAUGCCUCCACCUCCCUCGCCAGCUUCGAGCACUUGUAGCGAUACUGGUAGCAUCACAACAAGUCACAAAAGACAGAAGCGAGUUACGCCUAGAAAUGAAGGAGAAUCGGAAAGAAAAGACGAGGAGGAUUGGCAGUUAAAGGAUGUCGUUUUUGUGGAAGACGUAAAAACUGUACCCAUUGGUAAAGUUAUAAAAGUUGACGGUUGUUAUGUUGCUGUAAAAUUCUUUUCGAAAGAUUCAAAGGAGAAAGAAAAAGAAAUUAAGGAAAAGGAUUUCAACACAUCAGAUUUUAAAGACUUAACAGCUGAAGAGUCGAUCAAAUUACUGGCUGAUUGCAGAUUGUUGAGAAAAGAUGAAUUACGGGUAAUAAAAUCGUCAAUGAACCCAAGAGCUCCAGAUUGUUUUCAACGUACUCCCAGAAGAGUGAAUAUUGUUGAAGGAUCAAAUGAUAAUAUCUUAACCAUUGCUACAGAUGGACAAGGUAUUCAUGCUAUCCUAAAAACUGGAAAUAAAUUGAGUUAUGUCGUAUAUAAUUUAAGCACUGGAAGAUAUGUACAAGAUUGCUAUAUUCCAUCAGAUACCUCAUCAUUCUUAGGUUUACAGCCUCAAAAUAUCAGUCUGACAAGCGCAGGAGAGAACAUUGAAUGUUCUAUGAUACUUAGAGACGGAAAUAAUGCUAUUUAUCCGUUAGUAAAAGAUUGUGCCGAUGCUAUUCGUGAUCCAAAUUGGCUAGAUCUAGUUCCGGUACUUUGUAUCGGUGCUUCGACCAUUCCUAUACCAACCUGUUCUAAUUCGACCAACAUGAAAAACCAAGUUGCAGUUAUUGCAUUAGCAUUUGAUAACCUUUUACUCAUGCCGCGUAUACUGAGAUGCGAUUAUGAUAGCGUUAAACAAGUAUUCUGUAAUUUAGAACAAGAUCACAAAAAUAAUUCAGCACAACUUCAGACAAUAUUAAUGGAGCGCUGCGAUGGUAACCGUAACAUUUUACAUGCUUGUAUCAGUAUGUGCUCACCAACUUCGAACAAAGAAAAUGAUCAAGGUAUCGAACGCGAAUUAGUCCAAAAUACUGUGGAUGGUCCGUCAGCGCCGAUCGAAGAACCGAUUCCAACUUUAAGUUGGCCGCCGGAAGCGUUUGAUAACACUUCCGGCGAAGAAGAUAGCUUGCUUAGCAUUGGUGCUGCCAGUAUCUCUAUGAUGAAUAAAUCAGGUAAAAGUGUUGGAGCAACAUCAAAUAACACUUAUAUCAUAGACUCUGUUGAAAGAAGGAACAAUGCAUUGCUUAUAUUAAAGUACAUGUGUGAGAGUAGCGUACUGGCGCCCCAUCUGAAGGAAUUACUCACAGCAAAGGAUGUUCAAGGUCAAACGCCAUUAAUGCUUGCUGUCUCAGUCCGUGCAUAUCACGCAGCCCUGAUUUUAUUGGACACUAUUCAAAGAGUUGGGAGAGAUCAGAAAGAAUGUUCAGCAAUGAUACUUCCUACCGAUGCCAAUCCAGAUUUGUCACCGUUAUUCGUCACUUGCUGCAACGAUACUUGUAGUUUCACCUGGACUGGAACCGAGCAUAUCAAUCAAGAUAUUUUCGAGUGUCGAACUUGUGGAUUGACCGAAUCUUUAUGCUGUUGCACAGAAUGUGCUCGCGUUUGUCACAGAGGACACGAUUGUAAAAUGAAAAUUACUUCUCCCACAGCUUACUGUGAUUGCUGGGAGAAAUGUAAAUGUCGAGCUCUGAUUGCGGGUCAUCAAGGUGCCCGCUACGAACUUCUUUGUCGACUGGUAGUGAACACUGAUCUAGCCACGAAAAUAAACUCGAGGGGAGAAAGUAUUUUACUGUUUCUAGUUCAGACUGUAGGAAGACAGUUAGUGGAGCAACGACAAUGUCGUUCAGCACCCCGACAACGUUCAACGUCUGCAAGUCGCAAAGGACCAUCCUCCGAUGGCUUGAGCGCUGAUUCAAACAUGCCGGAUCAUGACUUGGAACCUCCUCGUUUCAGUCGAAAAGCUUUGGAAAGAUUAUUGAACGAUUGGCCAGCAGUUCAAUGCAUGAUAAUGUCAGGCGUAUCUGUAAAUGGCAAUGAUCAAUUGUUCGGCGAUCAAGGACAAUUGUGCCGUCAAAGUGGAACCGCGUUGCUUGACAAAUUUACUCAUUCGCUGUUGGUUAAAUGCAGUGCCGAGAUGCUGGAUACUUUACUGACAACGUUGAUACGAGAGUUACAAAAUGAUACCGUACCUGGACGACAAGAAGAAGCGAAUAACGUUGCGCGUCGAUUUGUUCGGUCUGUAGCUCGAAUAUUUGUCAUUUUCACGAUAGAAAUGGCACCAAAUACGACAAAAAGAAGAGGCACCAGUCAGGCAUCACAGCCCUUGAUGAAAUGCCGUAAAGUUUUCCAAGCACUUAUCAAAUUAGCAGUGGAAGAACUAUGCGAAACUGCCGACUCGUUGAUAGCACCUGUCAGGUUAGGCGUCGCCCGUCCAACGGCACCCUUUACAUUGACCAGCUCGGCGAUAGAAGUGAUCAAUGGUUCGGAAGAAUUGUUCUCUAUAGAACCAUUGAUACCUCACAGUGGUGUUAGUUCUCAAACCUUAGACGCUGCUUUGCAAACGCAACAAGGAAAUAAUAAUAUAGCUAUAGCCAGAGACGUUUCUGCCAUCGAUGAAACGGAAGGUGGCGAAGAAGGUCCUAUGGAUGUGGAUGGUGAUAUAAGCGAACACGAAGAAUCUGGAGUUUCUGGAACAGUUGCUGGCCAACCGAUGGGUGAAAUUGAUAGCAAUGCUGGAGGCGUGAGCGAGGAACAAGCAGGAGACGGCGAAUCCGAUACAGAACUGGAUCUGUUGGCGGAAGCGGAAACAGAAUCGGAUUCUGACGAUAAUCACAGCAAUCAAGACGCAGCAUCUGCCCAACGGAGUGUGCAAACUGGUGCUACCGCAGGUUCCGAUGGUGGAAUGGGAUCCAUUUUGUUAUUCCCAGAGGAUGAGUCCGGUGAAUCGAGCCAACAGGAGGACGAUGAAAGUGAAGCUGGAGAAACCGACGAACAGGAUAACGAAGAUUUCCAAAUUGGUGACGAGCAAUUGGAGCGUCGAAGCGGUUCGUCUGGUCAUUUACACCGCAAUAAUCUCGCGCCUGUUUCGAUGCAAUGGGCAAUCCGUAAUCGCGAAACAAGUACACGCACAGCAGGAUUACGGGUAACAGGUGGCAGUAAUCUGAGUUUCAUUGACUCUGCAUCUUUAAGACGUACUACUGCAACAUCUGCUGUUGCAGCUGCACAAGAGCCCAUUAUUAUGGGCACUACUACAAGUUGUUUGGCACGUGCAUUUGGAAUUGUAAUUCGACAGAUAACUGAUCUUUUAGUUAUGAUGCAAGAUUACAAAACACUGGCACCUUCUUUGCCACGACUGAUGGAAAUCACUUACCAGGAUGCACUGAAUCUACAGAUGUAUCUUGAAUCACAUUUAAAACCCACGUGGGAUUGGUUGCUCACAGUGAUGGAUGCCACAGAGGCACAAUUAAGAUUUGGAGUAUCUUUGACACGUAGUGCUGAUCCUACACAUCCAGAACAUCCAUUGAACAAUGCUCCAUCUUUGUCUGGAGGCAAUUUCACUGGAUUAUUGAACACAGCCGCUUUAUCUUUGACAUUGCAAUCCAAUGCAGGUCGGAAUCAACGCAGUGGUAUCGCUACGAGCUCCAAUAUCUCCACUCCGCAAGCUUCUACAAGACUCACCGUUGGUUUUGCAGGCGGUGGUGAACCUUCGAGGAACAGUAGAGAACGUGAGGGUGGUGAUGCACAUUCGGCAAGGCGUGAAUUUUUAUCCUAUUGCUUGUCAUUGAUGCGUGCUCACAACAGCGAACACAGAGAUAGCUUGCCGGUAUUAGACGUUUCUGCUUUGAAACAUGUUGCUUACGUUUUCGACGCGCUAGUCUAUUACAUGCGUGCACUUUCUGAACCGAUGUCAUCUAGAGGAGAGACUCAAAAAGAAUCAUCAAACUAUUCCAGUUGGAACGAUCAGGAUGAAAAUGACAAUGACGAAGGAGAAGAAUACAAUUGUCCGGUUCCUACCGCGCUAGAAACAGACUCCGUCGAUUACCCUGAUCUACUUCAGGUCCCUAUUUGCGGCUCCGGAAAUAACAGUAACAGUACGCCGAAAGGAAGGAAACAUCCCUUCUUGCAGAGAUCAGAUUCUACGUUAUGCCUUGGUUGUCCGCCUCUCGAUCCGUUUGAUACUGUCAUGAGCGAGGCUUUACCUUUAGCUGACCAACCGCAUUUAUUGCAACCCCAUUCGAGACGCGAGGAUCUUUUUGGUAUUCCAAGACAGCCAUCCACGAGUUCAGGUUCUAAUCAAAAUAGACUAGAGGGAUUGCCCACGAGGCUUGGUCUAUCUGCGCGAGGAACUGAUAAUCAGAAUACUCCAACGCCAACGUUCAGUCAAGUGAUUCAGGGACCUGCUUUCAUGUCAUCGGAUGGAAAGCGUAGUUCCAUGUCAGCUGGAGAUUCAAAACACGUGGAAAAGGCAAAACCAUUUAAUCAAACGAAUGAUAAUCAUACACUUGUCGCGGAACAAAUCGAUCGGGCCCCGAUUAUAGUUUCUACUAAUAAUCAAAAUGAUCAAGCAGCAGGAAGUACCAAAAAUAAUAAGGAUGCAUGUAAAAUGAAUAGAAGCGUUAUUGUUAGAGCUGGAACUGUUUCGGAAUCGAAUGCAAAUAAAGCAGGUGCUUCAGAAAUGAUGGUGGUGUCAAACGAGAUGCAAAAUGUAUCAGAAGAGACAGAUCAAUCGGCUUCCAAUCAUGAAACAUCAACAGCACAUGAAACAGUUGAAACAAAUCCAGUUCCAUCUAUUGGCACGAAUAUAUCGCACAACAUUUUGUUGGGCCGUUGGAGAUUGUCUCUCGAUUUAUUCGGACGAGUUUUCAUGGAAGACGUUGGUUUGGAAGCUGGUUCAGUCGUCUCCGAAUUAGGAGGUUUCCCAGUAAAAGAAGCAAAAUUCCGUAGGGACAUGGAGAAGCUUCGUAACUCACAACAAAGAGACAUUAAUUUAUUAAAAGUUGAACGAGACAGAACGCAGCUAUUAGUGCAGACAAUGAAGGAAUUAAACACACAGUAUAAUUUAUAUAAUAGGCGUGCCUCUAAUACACCGCCGUUAGCAGUGAGUCGUGUUAAAGUGAUUUUCAAGGAUGAACCCGGCGAAGGCUCUGGAGUAACUAGAAGCUUUUAUACUGCAAUCGCAGAGGCAUUGCUUGCAAACGAAAAACUGCCCAAUCUUGAAGCAGCCCAAGUAGGCUCCAAAUAUACGCAAUAUAAUGUGCUUCAGAAAUUAAAAAGUAGAGACCGUGAUCGUGAUUUAAGACGACAAAAUCCUCGAUCUUCUGGAAAAUGUCGAGAGACGCGAAGAUUAUCGUUCGAAGCUCGUGCGUUUCAUCCAUCCACGUCUGUCGAAGGAAGUAAUAAUUCUGGUGCUGGUAGUUCGUCCUCCAAUUCCCAUCCGCUACCUGUUAGUCAUCCAAAUAACGAUCACUUGACCAUGCAUCAACAACAACUUGGGGAUAGACUGUAUCCAAAGGUUUAUGCAUUACGACCCGCAUUAGCUGAUAAAAUAACUGGUAUGCUGUUGGAAUUAUCCCCUGCACAGCUGUUGAUGUUACUAGCCUCAGAAGAUGCUCUGCGGCAAAAAGUAGAAGAAGCAUUUGAAUUAAUCCGUAGUCAUAGUCAGGAAACGGCAAGAGAAGCACUGCUAGAUCUUGAUGUAUUCAGUUUAAUAGCGCGGUGCGGAGCAAACAAGAAAAAGAUUGAGAAUAGUAUUUUAGACGACACCGAGGACAAUGCCCCUCUCUUUUAUUCUCCAGGGAAAAGAGGCUUUUACACACCGCGUCAAGGAAGAGCUAGCUACGAACGACUGAAUGCAUUCAGAAAUGUGGGCAGACUUAUAGGGUUGUGCCUGUUACAAAACGAAUUGUGCCCUAUAUUUUUGAAUCGUCACGUGAUAAAAUAUAUCUUGGCAAGACCAAUACGUUUCCAUGACCUUGCAUUUUUCGAUUCUGUAAUUUAUGAAAGUCUAAGGCAACUCGUGAUCGAUUCUGAAACCAAGGAUAGUAACAGUUUAUUUUCUGUUCUUGAUCUUAACUUUAGUAUCGAUUUGUGUCCCGAAGAAGGAGGGGGUUCGAUCGAACUUAUUCCUAACGGUCGUGAUAUAGAAGUAACAGCAAGUAAUGUUUACGAUUAUGUGCGGAAAUAUGCGGAAGUUCGUAUGAUCAAGGUACAAGAGAAAGCUUUGCGCGCUAUGAGAGAAGGGGUAUUCGACGUGCUACCAGAAGGGGCACUCGAUGGCUUAACAUCCGAAGAUUUGAGGCUUCUUCUGAACGGAGUUGGCGAUAUUAACGUUUCCGUUCUGAUAUCGUAUACUUCGUUUAAUGACGAAUCUGGAGAAUCUGCAGAUAAAUUAGCGAAAUUCAAACGAUGGUUAUGGUCUAUCGUUGAAAAAAUGACGCAUUCUGAACGACAAGACUUGCUAUACUUUUGGACAGGAUCUCCAGCAUUACCGGCAAGCGAAGAUGGUUUUCAACCAAUGCCGACUGUGACAUUACGACCAGCAGAUGAUGCUUAUCUACCAACUGCAAAUACAUGUAUUUCCCGUAUAUAUGUUCCAUUGUACAGCUCUCGUCACGUAUUAAGACAUAAACUACUUCUUGCUAUUAAGACAAAGAACUUCGGAUUUGUAUGA